ACUACAGCUCCCAGCGUGCCCUGCCACGCAUCCCUCCGGGGCCGCCCCUUCCUGGCAGCCCCCGCGCUCCGGGACGUCUGCAUGGCGGCAGAAAUUGCAAGUCUAGAUUUAAGUUGGCCUGGCUGUUUUUCCCCUGUGAAAGCACCCAACCUGCAUGGAUUCCAGGGACCCACUCUGUGGACAGAGUGACUCUCCCACUGCCUUGCCUCUCUCAGGACACCUCUCGGGCAGUUCUCCAUCUCCAGCUGCAACCCAGCCUGGCCCUCCAGAGGAUUUUCCCCCAGGAGAUCAGAGCAGGCCCCCCCUCUAUCUGCUGCAGCCCCUGGGGGGUCCCAGCCCACAGAUGAUGUUUGUUGCCAGCCAGUCAGAAGAUGGACACUUGGUGCAAGUCAUUCCUUCUGCCCAGCCAGGAAUGGCCCAGGUGAUUAUUCCUCAAGGUCAGCUUCUGGAUGGGAGCAGCACUCAGGGUGUUUCGGAGAAGGGUGGUGAUGGGAGCCUGCAGACUGUGGCAGUGGCUGCUCUAGGUGACAGUGCCAGUGGUUACAUUCUGCAUCCACAGACUGCUCUCACCAUAGCGAAAAAAACCACCACCAGGGCAGCAGAAGAUCCCUUUCUCAUCCCUCUCCAGCCAUUGCUGCCAAACACCCCUGCGUGGGCAUGUUGUCUCAGGAACUGUGAGAAAAUUGGGGACUCGUACCGUGGCUACUGCCUGAGCGAGAGGGAGUUAGAGAGCGUGCUGACACUGCACAAGCAGCAGACACAGAGUGUGUGGGGCACCCGACAGUCUCCGAGCCCUGCCAGGCCUGCCACACGAUUGAUGUGGAAGUCUCAGUAUGUCCCAUAUGAUGGGAUCCCCUUUGUCAAUGCAGCAAGCAGAGCCAUUAUCAUGGAGUGCCAGUAUGGGCCAAGGAGGAAACGGAUCCAGCCCAAGGCAGCUGGUGAGCAGGAGGGCACCUCUGGCCAUCUGUACAAAGCCACUUGCCCAGCCAGGAUCUACAUUAAAAAGGUUCAGAAGUUUCCAGAAUACAGAGUUCCUACUGACCCUAGGAUUGACAAGAAAAUCAUAAGAAUGGAGCGGGAGAAAUCAUUCAACAUGCUGAAGAAGAAUUUGAUAGAUGCUGGUGGUGUCCUCAGGUGGUAUGUACAGCUGCCCACGCAGCAAGCCCACCAGUACCACGAGAUGGGAACUCCCUGCCUCCCUUCCUCACCCUCACGCGUGUCUGUGUCUGCGCCUGGAGGGGAGGAGGAAGCCGGCCGGGACGAGAGCUGCGUCCUGCCUUCCCGACUGCAUCCGCAGGUGGCAGGCAAGAUCCGGGAGCUGGUGUGCCAGGGCACAGAGCAGGUCUAUGCCGUCAGGAAGCAGCUCAGAAAGUAUGUGGAAAGAGAAUUAUUCAAGGCUGAUGAAGUGCCAGAAAGACGUAACCUGUCCUUCUUCCCCACUGUGAAUGACAUCAAGAACCACAUCCAUGAAGUGCAGAAGUCCCUGAAGAAUGGAGAGAUGAUGUACAGUUCAGAAGCCAUCCCAGCCACACUGCUGUGGACCACAGACAGGGGGAGUGUUCUCACAGAAACAGUGACUGUUACUCUUGCCUCGCCACCUUCAGAUGGGAGCUCAGCUGGGGAAUCAGUUGUCACCAAAGCAGAAUCCAACCAGAGUGGAGAGUCCUUGCCACCAGAAACAACUCAGCUCUUGUCUUCACUGUCUUCACUUCAGACCAAGAUAUUUGCACAGUUUCAGGGAUUACAGCUACAGUCAACUUACACCUCCACAAAUGGAUCAGCAGCCCUGAUAGCUGUAAAUAACCAUUCCCCCCCCAGCCCUGCAAGCCUUCUGGAUUCCACAGGGGGUGCAAUAAAUUCCCUAGUACUUAGUCAGGGACACAGCCUGCAAGCAGGUGCUGGGCUGACCCAGCACAGUGGGACUCUGCCUGGCUCAGGUCAGGCUCUGGUCACCAUGGGCCAGCUGGGAGCACUUGGAGAAGAGGAUGAAUCCAGAGGCCUGGAGGGAGGAGUCCCCCAGAUUCUCUUGGGAGAUGGACACACUCUUCCAGUACGGAUUGUGGGCAGCCAUCCAGCACUUGCUGAAGAAAACACAGAGGGUGUUGUCUGUGGGAGCCAAGUUAAACAGGAGCCAAGAGAAAAAGCACUGCCUGUGGGGCCAGAUAAAAUCAGAGACUCUCAGAGUUCAUCACCUGUUUAAAUCUGUGGAGCCUGGGAGGAUUUUCCAGAUCAGAGAACUCUAAAUGUCUUGGAAGGAAUGGUGGGUGCUCUCAAAGUAAUGCCAUCCUUCUAAAAUUGCCCUGUGACACUCAGAUUUGGGUGCAUUUUAACCUGGCUCUGGAAGAUGGAUCUUUCAUUCAUGACUGGUGUGGCUCACUGCCUAUUCCAGGUGACUCAGUUGCCCUGUGGAACACCUCCUCUCUUUUUCCAAGUUUUCAGUCAGUUGGAUGCUAUCCACAUGGCCCAUUUUUGGUCAGAAGGUCUUCUACAGUUUAAUUCCUUAGCUCUAGAACAUGGAUCACAACGCUGGGUUUGCUUUUCUCCUCAUGAGCCUCAACUGUUCCAGCACCACAGAAUCUGCCACCUCCAAGACCAAAGUAUAUCCAUUCAUCAAUGGUUUUGUGACAAAACAAAGGUCCAAAAUGCUGAAUUUCAAAGGGAUGGAUGCUUAAGAAAAGGCAACUUGGACCUGAUCCUAAUGUCAAUGUUGUGAAGAUGGAGGAGAGGAGAAAGGUAAGGUUUCCAGGUGAAUGUGAGGUUGUAUGGUGAAGAGAUGUGUGUGAACUGUAGUAGUGAAUGUUUGACAUCUUUGACCUUAGGUUCUGGCUUUAUCCUGAGGUGUACUGGUGCAUGCAGCCUUGGCAGUGGGACUGCAUUAUUAGCAGGUGGUCAUAGCAACUGAAAGCAGGAGCCUGGUUUUAAGGAAGUGGAUUGGUGCUGUCUACCUUUUGCUUGUCUACCUUUUGCU